ACAAGUCUUCAAGACUCAGGCUAGGUUAAUGUGAUUUGCUCAUGCUCUUCUCCCUGUUUCUCCAGUGAGGGGACGUGACCAGACCCAGAGCCAGGGAUGUGUGGUUCAGUGUGGUGUCUGCUGCUUCUGUUGCUCUGUCCUGGUACUGAUGAGAUGGUGCUGGAGGACAAAGCCUUAGCCAGCCAAUCAGGGUGGCGUACAUAUGAGCUGCAGAAAGGACAGAAUGGCAUCAACAGCUUCAAAAGACAUUCAGACGGAACUUUCACCAAUGACUACACCCACUACCUAGAUAAGAUCAAGGCUAAAGACUUCAUACAGUGGCUGACCAGCACCAACCGAGAGAAAUGCAAGGAGCUUCCCCUCAACCUAGAGGGGGUGUGAGAAGACCCAGACACCACCAGAAGUGCCACAAGGACGUUUACUAGCUACUUAACAUCAUAUACAGCAGUGGAGGCUGUUGAGUGGAGAACGGCUCAUAAUAAUG